GAUUAGGAUAACCUUUCUCUUUGAAUGGGUCAAAGCAAGAUGGCGUGGCAGCCGGAGGAAAAUGGACUCCGCCAAAUCUUGCAAUUGUUAAAGGAAUCGCAAUCACCGGACACUGCGACUCAGCGAAAUGUGCAACAAAAAUUAGAAGAAUUGAAUAAAUACCCAGAUUUCAACAAUUACUUGAUUUUCGUACUCACAAAGCUAACGACAGAAGAUGAACCUACCAGAUCUCUGAGUGGACUGAUCCUGAAAAACAAUGUAAAAGCACACUUUGAUAAGUUCCCUCCUGAAGUGACAAGCUUCAUCAAAUCUGAGUGCCUUUCCAGCAUUGGCAAUCCAUCCCCCUUGAUCCGUGCCACUAUUGGAAUUUUGAUCACAACAAUCGUUGCCAAGGGAGAGUUGCGUAAUUGGUCAGAACUGCUGCCUACUCUGUGUAAUUGUCUUGACUCUGAGGAUUACAAUGUGUGCGAGGGAGCAUUUGGUGCACUACAAAAGAUUUGUGAAGACACAGCGGAGGACCUUGAUAAUGACAGUACGCGGCCCCUUAAUGUUCUCAUUCCCAAAUUCCUACAGUUCUUCAAACACAACAGUGCCAAAAUCAGGUCCCAUGCCAUCGCAUGUGUGAAUCAGUUUAUCAUCAGCAGGACCCAGGCUCUGAUGGUCCACAUAGACAGUUUUAUUGAGAACCUGUUUUUCCUAGCUACAGAUGAGGAUACAGAGGUCAGGAAGAAUGUGUGUCGAGCCUUGGUCAUGCUGGUAGAGGUCCGCAUGGAUAGACUUAUUCCUCACAUCAACAGCAUUAUAGAGUACAUGAUGCUCAGGACACAGGAUGACGAUGACUCUGUAGCGUUGGAGGCCUGUGAGUAUUGGUUGUCCUUGGCUGAACAACCAAUCUGUAAGGAGGUCCUACAACCGCACAUAGAGCGCCUCAUCCCCAUUCUGGUCAAGGGCAUGAGAUAUUCCGAGAUUGACAUCAUCCUACUCAAGGGUGACGUGGAGGAGGAUGAAAUGAUCCCAGACAAAGAAUCGGACAUCAAACCCCGAUUUCACAAAUCCCGUUCCCACACCCAGAAACACCAGGAGGGGGAAGAGGACGGUGAGGGGUCAGAUGAUGGGUUUGAUGAUGAUGACAAUCUGUCGGACUGGAAUCUAAGAAAGUGUUCGGCUGCAGCACUUGAUGUGUUGGCCAACGUAUUCCGUGAGGAAAUCCUACCAACACUUUUACCAAUCCUCAAAGAGACACUGUUCCAUGGGGAAUGGGAGGUGAAAGAGUCGGGAAUCCUGGUCCUAGGGGCGAUCGCUGAGGGCUGCAUGAAUGGGAUGAUCCCUCACCUGCCAGAGCUGACCCCUUACCUGAUUGGCUGUCUCAGUGACAAGAAAGCUCUGGUUCGGUCCAUCACGUGCUGGACAUUGAGUCGAUAUGCUCACUGGGUAGUGGGUCAGCCACACGAAAUGUAUCUCAAGCCCCUCAUGACGGAGCUUUUGAAGAGAGUUUUAGAUGCCAACAAACGAGUUCAGGAGGCGGCCUGCUCCGCUUUCGCUACUUUAGAAGAGGAGGCCUGCACUGAACUUGUGCCCUACCUGGGCUUCAUUCUGGAGACUCUCGUGUACGCCUUCAGCAAGUACCAGCACAAAAACCUUCUGAUUCUGUAUGAUGCCAUAGGCACGCUGGCUGACUCCGUGGGUCACCAUCUAAACAAGCCGGAGUAUGUAAACAUGCUGAUGCCACCUCUCAUUCAGAAAUGGAACAUUCUGAAAGAUGAGGACAAGGACCUUUUUCCUUUGUUAGAGUGCCUUUCCAGUGUAGCUACAGCUCUACAGUCUGGCUUCCUUCCCUAUUGUGAACCAGUUUAUCAGAGAUGUGUCAAUCUGGUGGAACAGACACUCAACCAGAACUUUCAGGCCAACAUAAACCAACCGGAGCAGUAUGAUCCCCCGGACAAGGACUUCAUGAUUGUGGCGCUGGACUUGUUGAGUGGUCUGGCUGAAGGCCUGGAGCAUCACAUAGAGAGUCUGGUUGCCAAUAGCAACAUCCUCAAGCUGCUCUUUCAGUGUAUGCAGGUAGGGAGGAACUCCAUCGUGAUUGGACUGAUUCUGCAGGACCCCAUGCCGGAAGUUCGUCAGAGUUCUUUUGCCCUUUUGGGGGAUCUUACAAAAGCUUGCUUCCAGCAUGUUAAACCUUGUAUUGCUGAUUUCAUGCCAAUACUAGGAGCCAAUUUGAAUCCUGAGUUUAUAUCUGUGUGCAAUAAUGCUACGUGGGCAAUUGGGGAAAUCUCUAUAAAAAUGGGCAGUGAUAUGCAGCCAUACAUCAACUUAGUUCUUGGUCCACUUGUCGAGAUCAUAAAUAGACCAAACACUCCGAAAACGCUGCUGGAGAACACAGCCAUUACGAUUGGUCGAUUAGGGCUAGUUUGCCCACAGGAAGUGGCACCUACUCUACACCAAUUCAUUAGGCAAUGGUGUACGUCGCUGCGUAAUAUUCGUGACAAUGAGGAGAAGGAUUCCGCGUUCCGUGGAGUGUGUCACAUGAUUAACGUGAACCCAGGUGGUGUUGUACAAGACUUUAUUUUUUUCUGUGAUGCUAUUGCGUCCUGGUCUCAGCCCAAGGCUGAUCUCAAGGAAAUGUUUUUUAAGAUUUUGCAUGGUUUUAAAAAUCAAGUUGGGGAAGAUAACUGGACCAAGUUUUCUGACCAGUUUCCGCAGCCAUUGCGGGAACGCCUCGCCAUGCAUUACAAUGUGUGAUCUGCUCCAUACAGGUCCAAGGGGAAUAAGGGAAAGUGCUGUCGGGGAUAUCCCAUAAGGCACUAUGGGGUCCAGCAAUGGGGUUGGCAUCGCGUACGGGGAGGGCCAGCUCAUCGGUCUCGCUGCCAAUAGGCGACGCUUCACGAGGAGCGUGCAGCAGGCCAAAUCGCGGAGGGUGGGUCGCGUAAUCGGGAGGGCUACUGAGAAAAAAAUCUUCAUAUCUCAACAUCGCGCAAUUAACAGGGAUUGUUAGAAUUUAUCUGUAGAUUGCAUGCCCAAACUUUGUCAGUAUAUUGAUUUGUGUUCCUAUAGCAACAUGUAACAAACAAAAUUCUUCCUUCAUCAUAAUGCUUGAAUGUAUGAAGAUGGAAGAGGCACAUCACAGGAGAAUUGUAGCGUCCUGUUCGAUUUCUAUUAUGGGAUCCAAUUAUGGUUUGUCGGUAGAUUUGUUCUGAAAUGUUGUCACAGACUUGUGUGAACUGAAAUGGUGUUGAAAUGUUUGCUCUCAUUAUUUAGAAUUACAUUAAAAAUCAACUAGUGUUGUUGGCAGUUUAGUGAACUGUGUAUUGUAUCGCUCCUGUGCUGUGCCUCUUCACACUAUUAUUAAAGCGAGUUAAGUGAUUCAGUGCCCACGAUGUAUAUCUGCACAAAAGGCCAAGAUAGUUCUAUUUAAACUUUGUACGGUGCCGUUAUGAAAAUUGUAAACUUCACUAUAUAAUUUAUACAUGGAUUAUUUUGAAAAUUAAAAGCAAAUACAUGUUCAUGUACAUUGCUGUGUUCGAAAGUUUGGAAUACUUGUAACAGUGAACAUCAUACUCUUCAAGAUUUCAGGAUGUUUUGAUGAAUGGCCUGAUGUCCAGAUGUAAUAUUGUGAGGGCACUGAUUAGUUUUGAUAAAUUAAACAAGUUCUCUUCAGCUUUUAAAUGUUUCUUGUAAUGUCUGUGAGAAAUGAACUGGGUCACCGGAAAAAAAGAAAGAAAAAAAAAAGUUUCAUUUUUGCUGUAAUAAAUGUAAACAGCCUUUUUGUAGCUAUAAAACGAUGGAAAUAUUCAAAUAUGAGUAGAAAGGUGACACGGAAUUCCUGUUCUGGUUAGAAACAACAUAUUAAAAGUUUGAGAUACUACCUAUAGGUAGCUUUAUUUCAUACAAGGAUCUCUGUUUGGAAGACUAAAUUUUUGUUUGUGAUUUGGCCUUUUCUCUCUCGGCUCUUGACUCCAAAGUUCGCAUCACUCUCACAGACUAACCUUGCGUCUCAAGCAGCAUCCUCCUGUAAUCCGUUUUUUAGUGCAAGACCAAGCGCCCAUUUUUUUUAAUGUGCAUCUGAAUGCCAAAGCCUAUUUCCUAAGCCUGGACGCAACACAAUCCAUGGCCAACGAGGUCGUGUCACAGUGUUAUCCAUAAGCUUCCUGUAAAGGACACGGAGAAGUGUAUUCUGAAAGGGAAGUGACUCUAUCGUUGUGCGAUGAAUACACUGAUGUGGUGUUGAUGCAGCAGCCAGUGAUAAGAUAACGAUUGUCCACAGAGUUGUCUGCUCUUGUGGGGGAUUGUGCCAGUAUGAAGCAAUCUUUUCCUUUUUUAAAAUCACAUUUUUAUGUCUAUUUUUAGCUGGUAGGUGUUUUUUUUUGGGGUGUAUUUUUAUCAAUUUGAAGGUAGGUGUUGGUUAACAGGAAUUUAACACGAGUAGGAAAAUUAGGAGGUUAGAUUGAGCAAUAAAAGGACAAGGUGUGAUUCACAUUGUUUUGAGGCUGUAGAUUUAAACUGAAACACAAAAUUCUGGGAGAUAAAUAAUAAUAAAAAAAGAUAUCCAAAGUUAUUAGUCUCAAUUUUGGUUCAAUGUAAAUACUAAGAAUCAAAUACAAUGUAUUCGUAAUUUGAUGCGUUAACUGUUAUGUUUAAAUUAUCAAUUUAGUUUGCUAUGCAAAAAGUAAAAAUCUGAUACCUAUUAUUCCCGAAUGUUGGUUUUAUUCUUAAAGAUGAAAUUUCAAUGUUUGGACUUUAAAGUAAUCGGUGAAGUUGUCAUGUGUCCUUACCUUGAGCUCUCGCUGUCUGUGAUAAUUUUUGUAGAGUUCGUGUAAUGAUGUAUGUGUAACAUUCCAGUAGUAAAAGAUUUAACAUGAUCAAGGGUGAAGUUUUAUCGGAGAGAAUGGUUGGUGUUAGCAAGGGAGCUCACUGUGUAAAAGGGUUGCUUCAUAUUGGUCCUUUUUUUUUUUUUUUUUUUGAUUUUUGUUUUUUUUCUGUGAUCAGAUUUUUUUUUUAUUUUACUAAGUUUUGCUGUGUUAUUUUUUAUUGUCAUAUAAACAAGUUCUCACAAGCAUUUGUUUGAGGGAAAUUAAGGUGUAAUUGUUACAUUGACUGUUUUACAUUGCAUGCAAUAAAAUUUGUCUGACUGAC